AUGUCCUAUCCCACUAUCGCUCCCAGGCAACUACGGCCGUCUCCCACUAAGGAGAGCACGAUCAGAUACAAUCGUGGCCACCGUUAUCAAGAUGGUGGAGAACAUCUUAAUCUAACCACAAAAGUUUCGAUAAUUCCAUGUGAAAACCAGUACCAAGCAGAAGACUCUUCUAUUUUUAUAAAAGAUUGUACAGUUGAGCCUUUGCCACCAUUUGCUUCUCUCAUUGGAUACCAUAAUAUCACGCUACGGUGGGUGCCUGCUAAUAUCUCAGGAACAUCCUACAUUGUCCAAUGGAAAUACGUUCACAUACCUGGAGAAUGGAUAUAUACACAGACUGUAGAAGAGCCACCCUUCACUGUGGUUAAUCUGCAACCAUAUUUAGAAUAUCAGUUCAGAGUAAUCUGGAUUAUAUGUCGCCUACAGUUUUAUUCAGAACAUAGCCCUGCCUAUCGGACACUUGCAUUUGGAGCUCCUGCAAGUGCUCCUAUUAUAGAAGAGCUAGGAAGCCUCAGCAGUGACAUAAUAGAAGUCAGCUGGUUUCCUCCACUUUUCCCAAAUGGACCUAUUGUUGGAUAUUAUUUAACGCUUUCUAGUGAAGGUGACAUUCAGAGAUAUCAUUCAGUCACUGGAAGGCUCAGUUUUCAGUUCUACUCCACAAAGCCAGAGACUACAUACAGAUUUUCCAUUAUGGCAAUUAAUGCUGAAGGUGAGGGGCCUGCAUCAGAAGCAAAUAUAACAACUGUGAGGGCUACAAUUCCAGAUAAAUCCCCAUGGCUCUUUCUGUCUAGCAAUAACACUCUAAUGAAGAGGGACAAUCUGCAAGAUAGUAUUCAUGAAGCUCAAUGCCUUAUGAUGGAAAACAGAAUAACAAGUAUUUCUAUAAACAUGCAUACACAAGAGGUCUAUUUCUCAGAACAGAACCAUAUUUGGGUAAAAGGAGUUAGCGAAAUUGCAACUGCAUCUGAUCUAAACAUAUUUUAUACUGGCCAAAGUUCUGUUAGUUCCUUAUCCGUGGACUGGCUGCAUAACAAAAUUUAUUUUGUCAUGGACAAGCAGUUGUACAACUGUGGCUUGAAAAAAUGUACAUCAGCUCAGAAAAUUGGAUCACCAGCUGAAAUGAAUCCCAUAAAAAUUGAGGCUGACCCAUUUAAUGGAUAUCUCUUUUUUCUUUUUGAAGAUGGAAUUCACAGAGUUAUUCUACCACAGUACUCCACAGAGAACAACUUAACAAACCAUAUAGUUAUCAAAAAAGGGAUUCAAGAUUUUGUGAUUAAUGUUCAGUCCAAGAGAGUGGUUUAUACUUUCAGUGAAAAAUGUAUUUCCAUUGUAUCUGCCUUUCAAGAUGGUUCUGAUACUCAGCUCCUAAGGGAAAUACCAAAGAACCCAUUUGAAGAAAUUAGAAGUUAUAUUUUUUUGGACAAUAAAGUCAUGUUCACAGAUGGAAAAUCUGUGUAUUCUGAAGAAUUCGAUUUAGAUCGAUAUUGGUAUAAUGAAUACUUAGUAACCUGUGAUCUUGCAGGAGCGAUAUAUACCGAUUAUGACAAACUUGUCUUAUAUGGAGAAUCCAUACAACCAUUUCCUGUCCCAAGUGAGCCUGAGCAAGUGAUGGUCUUGUUUGGUACACAGACUGCCACAAUUUUGUGGAAGCCACCAAAGCCCACCAUAGCAUCUAUAUUUUUCCUCUAUAUUUAAGGUCCAGCAGCUUGGCAAGACUGGAGAUAUAAUGUUAAUAUAUCUGCGCAAAACCUUAAAAUGGAACAGAUUUUCUAUAAUAUAUCUUCUAAUGUGUUAACAGUGAACAAACUAAAUGUGUCUACUAAAUAUGAAGUUAUUAUACAAGCGUCAUCUCCUGCUGGGAAAAGUCAAUGGACAUUGCCUAUCACUGGAACUACUCUGCAUUUAGAGGAAGAAGAUUGUUUUUUGUUGGCUGUAGGCGUUGAUGGAUUAUGGAAGCAACCAUUGGACACAUUUGGUCCUGAAAUAUUGGUUUCUGAAAAAUUCAGACUCAUUACAGACAUAGAUUGGUACAAUGGUACACUCUACUGGAGCAAUGUAACAGGACACGUAAACAUCUGGGAGAUAAAUUCUACCAACUCUGAAAUUAAUAUUCUUGAUAUAAAAAGAGCUGGACCUCUGGCACUUGACUGGAUUGGACAAAGCAUCUACUGGGCUGACAAAUUCAGCACCAUGGUUUAUAGAAAACAGCUGGCCACUGCAGGUGCUGAAACUGUGGUAGUGGCUCAAUAUCAAGUGAAUGACAUGGCAGUGGAUUCAGUUAAUGCUUUCCUUUAUUGGACUACUGACUUCACUGUGGAGAGUAGCAGGCUAAAUGGACAGAACUACAAGCUUUUUCAAAACUUGACACUAUUUUCCAACAAACAGGUAGUUGCCUUAACUUUGGAUCUUAAAUUUGCUGACCUUUACUGGAUUGUAAAGGAUGGACUGAAAUUAAACUUGUACAAAUCUGGUCUUCGCAAAGAUGGAUCGACUAAUGCUGUUGUAAAAGUCAUAGAAUUUGCCUCAUGGAGCACUUCUGAAAUUUCCCAGCAUGUUCUGAUGUUUUAUAGUGAUCGCCUAUUUUGGAUUAAUGGGCAAAAGUAUAUAACGGUGCAAGAAAUCAGCCAACCUGCAUGUACUCAUUUUUCCCAACCAGCAGAAUUUUCAACAUUUACAAUAUUUCAUAAUUCUCUCAAGCCAUUACCAGGAAAUUUUUCAUAUAUCCCCAGGGUAAUUCCUGAUGUGGUUCCAAGUUCUUCAGUGGAAAUCAGAGGGAGUUAUUCAAGUUUUGUUGUCCUUUGGAAGAGACCAGAGAACGUAGACUAUGGCACUAUAUUCUAUUGUGUUAAGUCCAACAAACUGCAGCAACUGCAAGGAACAGCAAAUGGAGCAUGCCUUACAUCAGAAGACUUUAUUAAUUCUUCCUACACAGUAGGAGGACUGGGGCCUUAUGAAGAAUUUGACUUUGCUAUAACACCAUAUACGUUCUGGGGAAGAGGUCCUACAACAUCACUAAUUCUCAGAGCACCAGAAGGAGUUCCUUCUCAACCCUUGAAGCCAAGAAUGUUUCUUUUGCAGAAUAAUAGCUUCUUUGAGGGAGCGAAAAUUGCAGUAGAAUUGAGAUGGGAUAACCCAAACAUGACCAAUGGUGUCUUAAUACAAUUUACUGUCUGCUACAGAGUAUUCAGUGAAUGUUUAUUCAGCACAUCUCUUGCUAACUGGACUACUAUUGAUACAACAGGGUUACAACAUUCUGUUCAGCUUUAUGAUUUAUGUCCUGGAUCAAUUCUACAGUUUCAGGUGAAAGCGUUUACCUCUUUAGGACCAGGACCAUUCUCUGCAUUAGUGCAAGCAAAUAUUUCAGAUGUUGGCCCUGCUCCUGCUUUAAUCAGUUUUUAUCCAAGACUUCUAAAUUUCCUUGACACAGACAAAAGGGAUGUUAUUUGGAAUGCAUCAACAGAUAAGGAUUUGAGAGCAGUUACAUACACAGCCAACAAUGGAAAGCUAUAUUACAUACUAGGUGACUCCCUUUUCUGCAGGCAUCUAGAAAACGGCUCUUCAGCUUUGCUGCUAAAAAAUGAACAUCUUUCAAGCAGUUACAGCAUGACUGCCGACUGGAUUCCAAGACAUAUUUAUGUUGCUGUGCGUACAGAACAGGAAAUUAAUCAUAUAUAUAUACUUGACCUGGAACAAAAAAAUAUAGUCCUUAAACACAUCAACUCAUCUCAAAUCUUGACUAUUUUAAACAUAGAGGCCAUCUUAGUCUACUCAUUGCUAAGUCGUUUAUACUGUGUAGAAUCAACAGAAAUGGGCAAACAAAUCUUCUACUAUGAUAUUAAAAAUGACACAGUAUAUCAUGUUUUGGGGCAUGGGAACAAAACAGAUGCUUUUAAGACAAAUGCCUGUAGUUGCUUAGUGGAUAGCUCAGAAAUUGGCCUACCAAUUGCUCUGGAUUCAACAAAUAUUAACAAUCCCUAUAUAUACUUCCUGAAGAAUUCUACAGAUGUGUGGGCCUCAGACUUAGAAGGGUGUCAUUGCUGGUGGGUGAUCUCAAUAAACUUAUUGCCAGGUUCAAAAAUAACAGGCCUAGCUGUGGAUGAUUAUUAUAUAUAUUGGAGUACUGCAGGUAAAGACAAUGCAACCAUAUAUCAAGCAAGUAAAUUAACUAAAAGUCCGGCUUUGUUGCAAGUGGAACAAGGACACCCCCAAAUAUUAGCGUUCACCACAUCUUUGCAGCCAUUCCCAGACAAAUGUUGUAUUGUGCUGUCACUAAAUCAGGAUCAGCCAAAGAUACUUACUAAAACAAAUACAAGUUUUACUCUGGAAAUGACCCAAGCCAGGACGCAAUGUCCAUGUCCCUUAAUAGGAAGCACAACACCAACAUAUACAGUGAAAUACAAGAAUCUCAGAGAACAUACAAAUUCAUUUGAGAAUAGCUUGGAUAACUCAGCAUGUACAAUAGCGGAAUACCAGGAGAACAUUGCAGACAUUUUGGGCCUACAGCCUUACACCACGUAUGUACUGGAAGUCAACCUAAGAAACUAUUAUUCUUUCCUACUUGCUCAGGAACCUGCAGCAAAAACAGUUACUGGGAAAACUGACUAUGGAGUUCCAGGAGCAGUGUCAGACAUCACUUUAACAGUCUGGUCAGACUAUGCAGUCAACAUAACAUGGCAAGAACCAGCCCAGCCAAAUGGUCCAGUUGUCGCUAUACGUUACCAGAUUAUGAGUAAUAUGUUGCCCCCAUUUCCUGCUUCUCCUUGGAGGAAAAGCGACUUUCCAGAAGGACUGCUUAAGUCAGCUUAUACAGGCCUUCAUGGUGGCACUAUUUACAAGUUCACGGUUCUUGCCUUUCAUCCAGAUGAAAAUUGGUUUACUGAAAGUGCUGCGGUUAAUGCCUUAACAUUUCAGAAACCUUCUGUACCUAAAAUUAUAGUGCCUGGGAACACCAGUUUACUGUUGGAGUGGAAGCAACCACAAGAGGAUAUAACAGAUUUCUGGUUUGAACUAAAAAAUCCAAAAGAAGAAUGGUAUGUACCAAUAAACACAUCCUGUACAAAAAAAUCAGUCUACAUGUGCACUCUGAUAGGAGUUCAGCCAAAUAUGAUUUACAGUGUGAAAGCAGUGGUAAUUUUUACAACUGCUGCUAAGAGCUUCUCUGAUUCUGCAGAAUUCAAGACUACAGCUGGAGUACCAGGAAAACCAGGAGUUCCACAGGGAAAACAGAAUAUCAUCCAGUGGAUGCCAGUGGAAGAAGAUAAUGGAAGCAAUAUAAUCUACUACAUUUUAGAAUACAGGGAAUUACAUGACGAUGACAACAAUGAAUCAAAACCUUGGCUAACUGCAUACAAUGGGUCAUGUCCCAAUAUAUGCGUAUGGGAGGCUCAUGAGAUAAAAGGAACGUUUGAAUUCCGAGCAGCAGCAGCAAAUGGUAUAGGGCUUGGCGAGUACAGCAACACAAGCGAAAGUAUUAUCUUCUUUAAACGAAAGACUGAUGUUACUGCCCUUGUUGCUGGCAUCCUCUCUGGCAUUUUAAUUGUGCUUUUGAUAGUUGCAUUUGCCCUUUACUGGAUGUCAAAACAAAAAUCGCAGAAAAAGGAAACAACUGCAGUUGCUAUUCUGGAGGACAAAGAACUGAUGAAGUUAAGGGGAUUAUCAGACGCUGUUGGCCUGGCAAAUGGCUGCUACGCUGUCAGCAUUCUUCCUACUCAAAAGGAAAAGGAGAAGUUGCCCAAUUUUCCUCGUGAGAAACUAACACUUUGUGUUUUCUUGGGAAGUGGAGCUUUUGGUGAGGUAUAUGAAGGGGCAGCUAUUGAUAUUUUGGGACCUGAAACAGGAAUUAAAAAAGUAGCUGUGAAGACUCUAAAGAGAGAUGCAACAGACCAUGAAAAAACUGAAUUUCUGAAGGAAGCGCACUUGAUGAGCCAGUUUGACCACCCAAAUAUUCUGAAACUGCUUGGAGUCUGCCUGUUUAAUGAGCCCCAGUACAUUAUUCUUGAACUGAUGGAUGGCGGGGAUCUGCUCACAUAUUUACGAGGAGCUCGAGUAGAUUCAUUUACGCAAAAUCCAUUGCUCUCAACACUGGACCUUCUAGAUAUCUCAGAAAACAUUUCCAGAGGAUGCGCUUAUCUUGAAAAAAUGCAUUUUGUUCACAGAGACUUGGCUGCCCGAAAUUGUCUGGUAUCUGUUAAAGAAUACAACAAUCCUUCCAGAAUAGUUAAGAUAGGAGAUUUUGGACUUGCUAGAGAUAUUUAUAAAUGUGAUUAUUAUCGGAAAAAUGGAGAGGGACUUUUGCCUGUUCGAUGGAUGGCACCAGAAAGUUUAAUUGAUGGCAUAUUUACCUGCCGUUCUGACGUGUGGUCUUUUGGAAUUGUCCUUUGGGAAGUCUUUACUAUGGGACAGCAGCCAUACCCUGGGUUUUCAAAUUUGGAAGUUUUGCACCAUGUACAGUCAGGACAGCGAAUGUGCUCCCCAACAAAUUGUCCUGAUGAUGUGUGGAGCCUAAUUCAAAAAUGCUGGGCCCAGGAUCCUUGGAAGAGACCGGCUUUCUCUUUUCUUCAGAAACAACUUGAAAAGCUGAAAAGUUACUCUUUGAGAUGUACCCAAAAAAUGGAUUUAGAAGGUGUAGUCAACCCAGCCUUUGAAGAUGGAGAGAACACUGGCUCAUUGACUCUCGCUGAAACAAGGAAUGCACAAGGCCUUAAUUACCUGAUGGUUACUACAUAGGAGUGUAAACUAAAAAACAAAAAACAGUUGGAAAACAUUAUUUCUUCCAAAAAAGAAGAUGCAUUUCAAAAUUUGGCAAACAUCCUUUUUCUUGCUGUGAGCAAACCCUAAAUAAUCAAUUUUUUGUUUUUUGUUUAUAAAUUAAUCCUAAGUGAGAGAUGAUAAAUACUUUUGAUUUUUGUCUUCAACAGAAAGUAUUUGCAAAACUUUAUUAUUUAUAGUGACUUAAUUAACUUAAAAUGGCAGAUAGGCCUUUAUGUGUUGUUACUUCUUGCAGAUUCGAUCUACAUUUGCUAGAAAAAUUAGUAGCUAAUACAGUAUAUUGCUCAUGCAGUUUAUAUAUAACACUUUUUCGUUUUUUCCUGUUUGAUUUAUUUGUUACCCAAGGAAGUUCUAGCAUACAAUUACAGCCUUGUGGAACAAUAACACCGAAGAGCCUGGUUUUACAAAAACUUUAUAUAAAUAACUUUGCUUUUAUACAAUUUCCAAGAUUGUAAAUACUCUUAUAAUUAUAAAUAAUGCAAGGAACAGGAAUAUGUAUUUUAUUUUCUUAACCCAAUGUAAUAUUCAACAAUCCUUCUAAUUCAGAUUCAAUUCAAUUCAAUUCAUGUUUUGUUUAAUUUGUUUUGGUGAACACUAAAUGCAUACUUAUAUUUUAACACUAUUACUGUUAUAGUUUACUGUAAAUUAUUGUAUUUGUAUAUAGCAUAUUUCCUGCAAUGUCUUAGUUGAGAUUUUAGUUGUAUAAAUAAAGAAUGCUUGGGUCUUUCCUUAA